AUGGAAAAAAACCAAAAACUUAUCCCUUUAACCUCAUAAUUAAAUAAGUAAUUUUGCCAUUUAUUUAGUCUUUUCGAAAAAAAUAAAACAUGGACAGAUAUAGAAAAAUGGCUAUUUAAAAUCGAAAAAGCAUUAAAGGAUUAUCCAAGUCCAUUUAUAACUGAUAAAAUAACAUUAUAUAAAAGACUUGCUUAAUGUUUAAAUAAGGAAUUACCUUAAUCUGUGCAUUUAGCAUCACUUCGUGUGUAUUAAUAAAUAUUCAAAAAUAUAAAAAAUAAUUGCUAAGGUUUAUUAAGUGAUUAUAAAGCAGUUUUUUGUAAAGACUUAGGUCUUUUUAGUAUUGGUCUAUUCCCUUAUUGCAAAUAUAGUGGAAAUAAUAUUGAAUUUUUUAUUAAUUUAAUUAGAGAAUUUUAUCUUCCAGUAUAAAAAGAACUUGUCUAAUGCGGAAGAGGACUUAUAUCAUGUUUUUUAAUGGCAAUUAAAGGGAAAAAAGGAAAGGAAAAAGAUCAAUUGGAAAAAGUUUUAUUUGAUAUUAAAAUGGUAAUAGGGAGAAGGUAGAGUUUUUUGUUGGGUUUUUGUGGAUGAUAAUACUUAAAAAUAGUGAUUUAAGAGAAAUUAGCCUUAUAUUUUUGGAAAAAAUAUUAAAAAAAUGUAGUUUUAUCAAAGAUGAAGAUGAUUUAGAUUAAUAUGCUUUUAAAAGUAAAAUAUAAGAAUAAGAUAGUAAUAAUAAUUUAAAGUUUAAUAUUAGUUCUUCUGUUAAUAUUACUUAUUCUCUUCAUAAUAGCUUAGUAAUUAA